AUGGAUUGGAGUCCAUCAUCAUCAGAUUGCACAAAAUUGCAUCAUGGAGGCGAGGAUGGCCGUGAACAUGGUGAGUAUCAUGGUCCAGUAUUGCUCAUGAUUUCUAGCAACACAGAAGAAGAUACAUGGAAUUUUUAUAACAUCGCGGAGGAUAGAGUUCUUGAUAUGCAAGUGAGUUUGCCCAAUAAGCGAUAUUGUGGGUGUUCCAAAGGAUGGUUAAUUCUUGUGGAAGAAGAUUAUGCCGUGACCUUACUCAAUCCAUUCUCUAGGAUUAAAGGGAAGCAAGAGAAAGAAAAUUCAAUCAUUCGUCUUCCUCCAUUGAUCCCUAUAAUUCCUUUGAGAGUUGAAAAACGUGACUAUUAUGUUCAUAAGGCUAUGAUUUCAGGAGAUCCGAUACUUAAUCCAAAAGAGUGCAUUAUUGUGGUCAUAAACGACGAACUCUCUCAAAUGGCUUUUUUGAGAUUGAAAGACAAAAGAUGGCUUCAUUUAGAUGAAGGAUGGACUGCCAUUGAAGAAAUUGUUAAUGUUGAAGAUAAAUUUUAUGCGGUUAACAAUUUCAGCCAACUUUUAUCUAUUAACCUUACAAAGUUUUCAAACUCAGAGGACGCGACCGUGGCUGCAACAGGCAUUGUAAGAGACUACGCCCUUAGGAGUUAUCUGGUGGAUUCAGAAGAUGGAUUAUUAAUGGUUCGAAGGAUAUCAGAGUGGGAUGUUGACAAAUGUGUGACAAAGAAAUUCAAGAUUUUCCAACUGAAUGGCAGUAAGAAUGGGUGGAUUGAGAAAAACACUUUGGGUGAAUAUGCUCUAUUUGUAGGAGAUAACUCUACCAUAUCAAUUUUGGCUUCGAAGUUAAAAAACUGUAAGCCAAAUUGUAUAUACUUCAACCAAGAUGACAAUCGCAUAAAGAACGAAAUUGGACCUCACGGGCCUUAUGAUUUCGGGGUGUAUAAUGUGGAAAGCCAAGAGAUUUCAAAGCCUUACACCGUAGAUGCAAUGACUCUAUUGAAGAUGACUAAGCGACCUCCAAUCUGGAUUACACCACCGCCAUCCCUCUAA